AUGAACCCUCCUGCAUCAACCAGGCAGUCGUCAAUAGGAGCUAGCCUUAUCGCUGUUGAGGAAGGCCUCGAUGCUUUUCCAUCAUCGGAGGAGCACGUAGAAAAAGUGGCCUUGCAAACGCUGCCUGGAGAAUUCUCUGAGGACGCGCUCCGUUUCUCCACUGACAAAGGCGCUCCGUCCCGUGGAGAUGGAGGAGAAAGCCUGCUGAAUCGCAGUAUCUGGGCUCAAAAGCUCUCUGCAGUAGGCACUAGCGUGGAGGACGUCGAAGAACAGUGCGUGAAAGGCGGAGGGAAAGGAGGCCAGAAGAUCAACAAGACAAAUAACUGCGUGGUGAUCGUGCACUCGCGUCAUGGGCUGGUUAUUCGGUGCCAGCAGAGCAGAUCCCAGAGGAAAAACCGCAUUUUCGCCCGCGAACUUCUUCUUCAGAGGCUUGAGGAAAUCCACCUGCGAGAGCGACAACGCAUUCGCGACGCGGCGGAGAGGGAGAGGAGGCGUGAACGCAGACCGACGGAGGCGCAAAAGGCGCGCGUGAGGGCCGAGAAGCAGCGCCGUUCGGAGAGGAAAGAGGAAAGACGGCGAAUCUCUGCCUUUGAAGAGUAG